AUGGCACCGCCAUCACCCGGGAAGACUUCCGUCUUCCUCGGUCGCGAGACCCUGAUGGACCGUGAUGAAGUCGACAAGAUUCGUCACAGCAUUGAGCUCGAAGCGGAUGCUCUCGCGGCAGCAACCCUCCGAGACUGGGACGGCUCGAGCAGCGAUGGCGAGGCAAUAGGCAGCCCGGCGAUCGAAGGCGCCGAGCUGGAGCAGCAAGGCUCGGGGCGAGGCAGCAGCAACCCUCAAGAGCCAGCGUCUCCCGCCCCAAAGAGGCCGCGAGGCAGGCCGCGAGGCAGGCCGCGCCGCACAGAGACGCCACGAGUCAAGGGGGAGACUCGUGGUCGCCGGCGCUCGAGCAGGAUCCGUUCGGUCGCUGCACCGCCCGCGUCGUCGCCCGCAACACCCAAGCUGAGGCCCCGCGAGACCAAGAAGAAGGCACCUGCGGCAGCGGCCGCCACUGCCGGCAAGGAAUGGGAGAUUGAGCGCAUCGUCGACUCGCGCAUCGAGGCCGAAACCCUGAAGCACUUUUACCUGGUUAAGUGGAGGGGGUUCGAUGCAAAGCACAACACGUGGGAGUCCAAGAAGAACUUGGACGGGUGCUCCGACGCCAUUGUCGCGUACGAGCGGUCCAUGAGGACGGGCAGCUAG